AGUUGACAUAGUACCUUCCGCCUCUCCUAUUGCGUGCUGACAAAUUAAAGUAAUGCCGAUAACUGUCGAAGACCUAGUCACCGUUCUACAAGGCAGGGGGCCGCUAUAAGACCGCAUUUACGGCCGAAACAGCAUUUCAGUUUUCGUGCUCACAUUAUUAGCUUUAUUUAGCACAUUAGGGCCAGUAUCGUUGCACUUGACAGUGGCCGCGGUAGACCAAUGUGCGCCCGCAGCUUGCAAUACGUUUUCCAAACGAGCAGCGUCUAACUGUGCAAUGUCUCGAUCAUCAAACCGCGGACCUCGUGCGGAUAUUGCGCUGCUUCGGAAGUUAAAGGCGGAUCCCAACUUUUCGCCAUCGUCGCUGCUUAAUGCGGGGCCAAACUUCUUGGAAAAGGCGAACAAACUUAAAGGGUUUGUAGCAGAGCAGCGCGGGAAGCUUGGUGCCUCUGCGGCAAAGACGGAAUGGCUACUUGCGUACCAGCAAUUGCAGAACGAGCAAGACGACGCUGAGCGGGAGCUAACAACAUGCCUGCAGCAGCUAGCGGAGCAGCCGAGCACUGAGUUGCGAGAGGCGGCAGAAGCCCUCUCACUGCUGCACACCCAGUCCGAUGCAUGUCGCUCGGAACGCGCGCAGCUUCGGUCCCGGGUCAAGGGCCUCUCUUCCGUACACGCUAGCUUCCGAGCGUACGGCGCACCCUCGCAGUUUUCCAAGGAGGCUAGCGCUCUCAAAAACGAGAUGGCUGUGUUGGGCCAGGAGCUGGCCGCCGCUCUGGGGCAGCUGGGGGAGGAGGCGGCGACCCUAACCUCGGAACUACGGGACGCCUGGCCCUCAGCACUCGCGACACCGGGAGCCGGGCUGGGAGCCCUGGCCGGGGGGCAGGCAGAGGGGCAGGUGGGAGAGGGUAGCAGCGGAGGAGGCGGAGGUGGAGGAGGUGAUCUCGUGCCGUUGCCCGGCCCGGGCGAUAGUCGCGGAGAGGACCUGGAGGAGCUGGAGCGCAUGCUGGCUAGGUAUCCGGUGGCGUCCCCGGACAUCAAGGAACGCAUUCGGGAGGUGCUCCUGGCGCUGCAGAACAACUACCUGGAGCGGUUAGAGACCUGGAGGCUGGAAACCGAGCGGACCGCCUCCAACCUGUUCGCUAGCACCUCCGCCUCCUCCAGCGCGCAAUCCCCAGCAACAGCAUCCACACAGCAACCAAGACAGCUGCCACAGCAGCAGCACCAACAACAGCGGGGAACAGCGGCAGUGGCGGGGCCUGCAAGACCAGGAGGGAAGGCGGGAGCCGGUACUGGCAGCUGUGGUAGCGGCGGUGCCAGUACUAGUGCUGGUGGCGGCGGCAGCAACGACACGGAAUGGUGCAUGACGGCUUGCCCGGAACCUGGUUCCUUGUUGGGCGGUGGUAGUGGUGGUGGUGGUGGUAACAGCAGCAGCAGCAGUAGCAGCGCGGCGGUUUCGUGGUUGCUCAGCGGUUACGGCGGUUGGUCGGCGGAGGAGCACUCGGCGUUCGUUCGGCACCGGGAUAGACUGCUGCGAGAGGGAGGGCAGAGCGGCAAGAACCUCCCUCGCGACGACAUGCUGGCUCGCAUCGGCCGCCUGCUGCCCUCGCGCCCCUCCCUCGCCCAGCUGCGGUCGCACGAGGCCUGGGCCACUUCCUCGCGGCUGGCGGCGCGGCGGCGGAGGGACCUGGCGGAGGGCUGGGAGCGCGAGCGGCGGCAGUUCCUGGAAGACAGCGCCAGCUUCCUGCAGGAGAGCGAGGCGGCGUUCCUGGCACAGGCCGAGGCAGCAGCUGACAGGCUGGUAGCAGAGCUGGUUCGGGAGCGGGCGCGUGACGAGCUGGAGGAGCUGCUAGCGGAGCGGGCUCGCGAGGACGAGGUGGUGGCGGCUGAGCGGGCGGCGCGGCAGGCGGCGGAGGCGGAGGCGGCGGCCGCAGCGGAGUCCCGGGCGCGUCAGGAGAAGGCGCUCAAGCGGGACAUGGUAGCAGCAUACAGGGCCGAGCUAGAGCGGCAGCAGGCGGAGGCGGCUGCCGCGGCGGCGGAGGAGGAGCGGCAGGCGGCCCUGGUGGCGGAGCAGCAGGCGGUGUACAACCGGGAACGAGUGGAAGUACGACAGGCGGAAUACCUGGAACGGCAGGAACAAGCCAAGGAGCGACAAGAGGCCGCCGCAGCUGCCGCCGCCGCCCGCGCCGCCCGCCUGGCCCGUCUCGCCGCCCUGGUCGCCCCCGAGGUGGCUGCCGACCCCGCCCGCUUGCUGGCGCACACCGCGGCCAGUAACGCAGCGCUGGCUGCAAUGGGGGAGCGGUCGGAGGGCGCGUUCCACCCCGUGAAUGGCUACACCACGGAUCAAGUGGUUCGGGACCAGCGCUUCAAGAUCAUGGAAGCGCUGGCGGCGGUGGGGCUGCAUGAAACAGAGUACGGACGGCGAGUGAUUGCGGCUGCCCGCCCCGCCAAGCCCACUCGCCCCGACAACUUCACAUCGGAGCAGCGGGAGGCGAUAGGGGGGAACCGGCGUUGAGGGCGG